GGGAGUCUGGCCAUAGCGCUGAAAAACUUGUUGUUGUCGGGGAAAAUGGCGUCAAACGUUGAGGCCCCGGAGCGCUGGUACCUCGCCCUUCUCGGCUUUGCGGAGCAUUUCCGAACCUCCAGUCCGCCCAAAAUUCGGCUCUGUGUGCACUGUCUACAGGCGGUGUUUCAGUUCAAGCCGCCGCAGAGGAUCGAGGCCCGGACGCAUCUUCAGCUGGGCUCGGUCCUCUACCACCACACCAAGAACAGCGAGCUGGCCCGCAGCCACCUGGAGAAAGCGUGGUUCAUAUCUCAACAAGUCCCUCAGUUUGAAGAUGUCAAAUUUGAAGCCGCCAGCAUUUUGUCAGAACUCUUCUGCCAACAGAAUUUGGUGGACUCUGCAAAACCCCUGCUGCGCAAGGCCAUCCAGAUCUCACAACAAACUCCGUACUGGCACUGCAGGUUGUUGUUCCAGUUGGCGCAACUUCAUACACUGGAGAAAGACUUGGUGUCAGCAUGUGACCUGCUGGGGGUCGGAGCCGAGUACGCCCGAGUGGUUGGGUCAGAAUAUACCAGGGCACUGUUUCUCCUCAGUAAAGGAAUGUUGCUGCUAAUGGAGAGGAAGCUCGGGGAGGUGCAUCCUCUGCUCACACUGUGCGGAACUAUUGUAGAAAACUGGCAGGGAAACCCGAUCCAGAAGGAGUCCCUGAGGGUCUUCUUCCUGGUCCUACAGGUCACACACUACCUGGAUGCUGGACAAGUGAAGAGUGUGAAGCCGUGUCUGAAGCAGCUGCAGCAGUGCAUCCAGACCAUUUCUACACUCCACGACGAUGAGAUUCUGCCCAGCAACCCAGCGGACCUCUUCCACUGGCUACCCAAGGAGCACAUGUGUGUCCUUGUCUAUUUGGUAAUGCCACUUCUCUUUCUUUGAAUCCUCCAAUCUGGUCAUCUCUAAAUUUUAGUUUGAGUGAUUUUAGGUCAUGCAGCCAAGUACCCUCCCUACAACAACAACAACAAUAACAGAAAGUUACAUGUCCAGUUACCUGGGCAUGUAACUGGAUUUUUUUUUUUAACACUCUUCUAUUAUAUUCAUGCUUUUAUCCUCUUGAAGGAUGCACAGUGUCGUGGGCGGGAGAGGUUGGAUGUCCUCCGAGGCCUUUGGAAAUACAUCUCACUUGCUACAAUAAGAAUGAGUGCAUUUUGAAUAUAGAGGAUAAAAAGACAACACGGUGACGUGUUCUCGUUAUUCAUUUAGGUUGCUUCUAAGAUACAUCUGAUAACUUUGUAAUUAAAAGACAAACUAAUAACACUAAAACAACAAUGACACAGUUGUUGUUAUCCUUCCGGAUAGCUUGACACAACUGCAGUGUCACAGCGUGCUUGGCAUUUUUAGGAAUUGGUUCACGUUGCUUAAUAUCUCCUCCUUGU